AGCACAGUGUGUCUCUCCCCACAGGCACCUCCCGCCUCACGCCUUGCUUCCUCCCGUCUCCCAGAGUCUACACACCUGCACUCUUGAGGCUGCUGGCGAGAGGAACUGCCGUCCCAAGCCCUCCACCAUGGCCGCCGCUCCGAAAGUUUGCGUCCGUCGCAUUAAGCUUAUCUGUCUCAUGGAGAACGCAGGCAAGGACGUCUUGACCUUCGUGUUGAAGCGCGGCGCGCUGAACGCCCCCGCCACGCCGCCGGGCCAGUCCCUCACUGACUACCUUGACAACCUCCCUCAAGGCUCGACAGCCAACUAUGGAAGGAUGAGUAAAAAACAAAAGAAAGCAGCAGUGAACCACACCGACCGCCGCCAAGCACAACGCUUCCCUUUAUGGGACAACUUUGAUUUGACUUUAUUGUACAAAGCAAUAAAGCUGACGUGCGAAGGCCUGGCGAGAGAUGGCGAUCCCGAAUGGGGGAACCAGAACACCCUGGAGGGAUUGGUAACGAAAAUCAAGGAUGAGCGGAAUGAACUCUUUCAUGAAGUGAAAUCUUUCAGCGAGGCAGAGUACCAGCACAAAGUCAACGAGUUAGAACACCUCUUUAUCCGAGUCCUCGCCGCAGCCAAGACCAAAUACUGCAUUCCUGACGCAGAGGUGACACCCGUGCAGGACAACGCCCGGCAGGUCACUGAUACCUUCAGAAAAACAGGAAUGGAGAAAGAAAUUUUAAAAGAUUAUUUCAGUAUCAUGCACCAAGAAUUUCUGAGAGACAGUCAGACCCACCUCAAAACAUCCUAUGAUCGAGUGCAAACCUUUGAUCCUCUGUCCUUCCUUACCGACUCCCCAAAACACCAUCAUCACAUCCAGGACAUUUUCUGCAAGAUGUCCCUCGUGGAAGGAAGAGGACACCUCCAACAGAGGCGAGACAUCGACACUUGCGACGUGCUGACGGUGACGCGCCGCGCGGGACAGAAUCCACAGCCGUCCACAUCCUCAUCGGCCACGCCGCCCACGCACGGCGCCAAGCCACAGCUCAUCCUGAUCAGGGGCGUGGCAGGAAGCGGCAAAACGACCCUGCUCACCUUCCUUGUCUCAGAGUGGCUUCAGGAGCCCGGCGCCUGCACCAUCAAACACCUGGACGAGUACGACAUCGUGGUGCGUGUCUUGUGCCGCGAUAAUGAAGGCCCAUCUCUCCAGAACUUCCUCAAAGUGAUCCUCCCAAACCAUUUUGCUGUGAUGGACGAACACCUCAUCCCCCUCCUACAACAAAGCAAAGUUCUCUUCCUGAUUGACGGCCUGGACGAACUGUCGCCAGGCACUCCAUCACACAGCCUUGUGAAGGACAUCCUCUACAUAUCGAAAUACUCGCCAGGCUUCACACUCGUCUGCACAUCGCGUCCCGAAACAGUGCAAGACUUCCUGGCCAAAUUACCUGAUGGUUAUGAGGUGUGGGACAUGGAGAUGAAAAGUGUUAGCCAUGAACAAAGAAUUCAUUUUGUCAUGAAGCAUUACAACAGCUUCCCAGACAAGGGGGACAAAGACCCUGAGAGGCUUGAGUACCUCAUGAAACACAUUGGCUGGAAGGAUUACCUCGGCCUGCCAUUAAAUCUAUUGUUCGUGGCAACACUUUUCUACAUCGAUCAAGACAAGAUCAAGAUCACCACCACCCAGACCAGCCUGUACGUCACCAUUCGAGACUGGUGCAUAGAAAAACUGCAGGGCAGACUCACAGAUGAUCCACGAGACACAAAGACCCGCGAGGUCCUCAUCUCUAGGGUUCUACAAGAUAUAUACGACAUGUCAUUGCAAGGUCUUCUACAAGACCGACUCACUCUGUCAAAACAGGAAGAGCAGAAGCUGAUUUGUUGCUGCCUUGGAAAAGGAUUACCCAGCAAGGAAGUCAUCCCAGCGUUUUUCAAUCUUCAAGACACCAGUGACAGGCUGGGGCAUCAUCAGAAGUACGCAGCCCCACACAAGAGCCUACAGGAAUUCUACGGUGCAUCAGCAAUCGUCCACAAGCUGGUGGAGGACUCACAAUCAGCAAACAUACGUCGCAUGCUUCACGACCCGCCGCCAGAACAGCUCCGGAACUUGAGGAACCUGCUGCUGCACGUGGCAGGUCUCCUCUGCCACCCUAACACACCACUUUGUGCUGCAGCCAUACAAGAGGUGGUGGACCUGCUGGCGGAGACUGGUGUGGAAGACUGUGGUGAUUGGCUGUCCAUGCUGGAGGACACUGAAGUGAACAGGACUGCCUUGGAUUGUGUUGUCAGACACAUUACAAGUGAUGAGAGUGAGAGGGUAACAAUAACAGACAGCACCAUCACCAGUGCCAGGGCCCUCCUCCCCCUCAUCCCCUCCAAGGUGGUACUGAUAAAGCUAAGCAGGAAGGAAUCAGACGUGCAGGGGCUCAUCUUUGAACACCACAAAUACACUGUGCUGCACCUGGACCACCAAUACAAGCAUCCAGACCAAGCCACUCUCUGUGACUCCUUGCUGCGUGCCAUGCCCAGGAGUCACCUUCGCUGGUUCACGGGUCACCUAAGUGGUGCCGGCACACAGCUGCUGCAGGGAGUACCGGGGCCUGGAGUGGCUCAGCCUGGCCGUGUGUGACCAAGACCGCCAAGAGGUUCUGGCCGCCAUCAGCGCCGUCCACGCGUCGCUGCCUCAGCUACGCCUCCUCUGGCUACACGUCCCCGUGGGUGCCGUGAGGACACAGGCGUGCACCACACGGCUGCCUGGCUGCCCAGAGGUGAUCCUCGUGUUGUCUGGCGUGGACGAGAGGCUGCUGGAGGAGGCGGCCCAGAUAGCACAGCUCCUGCAGCCCACACAGCGCCCAUACUGCAGCAUCAGCUUCCCCGGCAGCAGCAUGAAGGCAGAUGUGUGGCGGCGCUGCCUUCACAAGCUGGCCAAUGCCGGCGUCACGGUGCUUGGUGGUGCUGCUGCUGGUGGUAUUGUUAUUCUUGGUGGUAUUGUAGCACCGGACACCAGCCCCAUCACGGAGGAGGAGGAGAGGGAGCUGCACACCCUUGCCACCACCACGAUGUUACAUGCCUUCAAAAGACGGCCUGAAGAGAACCUGUGGUGGUAGUUCCUGUAAUCCCCGUGACGGCCAGACUCAUCGGUGCUGGAAGUGCAUCCACUCACGAGGCAAACACCUGGGCUGCAUUUAUCCUACUGCAUUGUGUGUGUACAAGUCUACAGUGUGGCGCUCUCUCUCUCUCUCUCUCUCUCUCUCUCUCUCUCUCUCUCUCUCUCUCUCUCUCUCUCUCUCUGAUGAUUCAAAUUAUAUUCCUAAGUUUGUUAGAAUUCUUAAGUCUUAAUGUAGUUUCUCUCUCUCUCUCUCUCUCUCUCUCUCUCUCUCUCUCUCUCUCUCUCUCUCUGAUGAUUCAAAUUAUAUUCCUAAGUUUGUUAGAAUUCUUAAGUCUUAAUGUAGUUUCUCUCUCUCUCUCUCUCUCUCUCUCUCUCUCUCUCUCUCUCUCUCUCUCUCUCUGAUGAUUCAAAUUAUAUUCUUAAGUUUCUUAGAAUUCUUAAGUCUUGAUGUAGUCUCUCUCUCCCUCUCUCUCUCUCUCUCUCUCUCUCUCUCUCUCUCUCUCUCUCUCUCUCUCUCUCUCUCUCUCUCUCUCUCUCUGAUGAUUCAAAUUAUAUUCCUAAGUUUGUUAGAAUUCCUAAGUCUUGACACUCUCUCUCUCUCUCUCUCUCUCUCUCUCUCUCUCUCUCUCUCUCUGAUGAUUCAAAUUAUAUUCAUAAGUUUGUUAGAAUUCUUAAGGCUUGAUGUCUCUCUCUCUCUCUCUCUCUCUCUCUCUCUCUCUCUCUCUCUCUCUCUCUCUCUCUCUCUCUCUCUCUCUCUCUCUCUCUCUCUCUGAUGAUUCAAAUUAUAUUCUUAAGUUUGUUAGAAUUCCUAAGUCUUGAUCUCUCUCUCUCUCUCUCUCUCUCUCUCUCUCUCUCUCUCUCUCUCUCUCUCUCUGAUGAUUAAAAUUAUAUUCUUAAGUUUGUUAGAAUUCUUAAGUCGAUGUCUCUCUCUCUCUCUCUCUCUCUCUCUCUCUCUCUCUCUCUCUCUGAUGAUUAAAAUUAUAUUCUUAAGUUUGUUAGAAUUCUUAAGUCUUGAUGUAGUUUUUCUCUCUCUCUCUCUCUCUCUCUCUCUCUCUCUCUCUCUCUCUGUCCCUCUCUCUCUCUCUGUGUGUGUGUGUGUGUGUGUCCGUGGUGGUGGGUGAAGUUUGAAGUUGUGUUGGUAAGGUGGUGGCGAGUGUGAGUGUGAAGUGUCGGUGUGCAGUGUGUGUGAGAGCCAAGUGUCAGUUAGGAUCACGUUAGUACAAGGUGGGCCCAAGCAAAGUUGUGGUGCAGUUUGCAAUGAUUGUUGAUGGUGCACGUGCAGUUUUCCUCGUGGCAAAGUUCACGCCAGAAGUGAGAGAGUCAAGUCACCACAAGACAAGGCUCAGUGUUCUGUCGUGAAGUCUGCGGUGACUGCUGCUAUCACUUCCCACCUGCAGUAUAUACCUUUUAGCAAAGUUUACUUACAAGUUGUGAGUCACCACAAGCCCGGGACUCAACACUCUAUUCUUUAGUGCCUGAUGAUUCUUAAUUGUUCAUCUGCAGUUUGUGUUGCAGCAACGGUUGCGCCAAAACUAUGUUAGUGCGCGCCGAGGAUGCAAGAUGACUGAUUGUCAGUGUUGCGUGCGGUGCGUGUGUUUAGGCCAAGUGUAAGUGACGGCUGAGUUAGUGCAAGAUAAGGCUGAGUAGUGUUCUGUUCUGAAGUGUGAGGCGGUUCUUGGGGUCACUUCCCACCUGCAGUAUGUCUUGUGGCAAAGUUGAAGCUGAGAAUUAAGUUAGUACAAGCGGAGGAUUCAAGUGAUUUGGUUCACCUCACGGUGAUUCUUAAUGUUUGUUGCACCUGCUGUUUGUCUUUAGGCUAAGUUAAGUUACAACUAAGCUGAGUUACAACCACAAGCUGAGGGUGAAGGCUGCUGCUGCUGCUGCUGCUGCUGCAUGCAGUCUUCACCUCAACUUGGUCAGGUUGAUGCUUUCUUCAUUUCUGUGUUGAGUUACAAGUUUACUACAAGUGGUGGCAGGUUUGUCACGUUCUCGUAAGUGGAUGCACGGGUGUGAGUGUGGCGGUGGUGGUGGUGGUGGUGGUGGUGGUGGUGAGAGCCGUGCAUUCCCCAGGGAAGGGGAACGCCCGCCACGUGCAAGUGUGGCGAGGAGCUUCACCACAAACACUGUAUUCUCUGUACCACACAUGGCUGAUUCCCUCAUUAAAAGCUGUAGUACAA